UAUGUUUGUAAACUUUUCAAGUACACGGUGUUUGUCACCAUGUCAGUGAGUGCCUAUACUUUGGUGGCUAUUUGCGUGUUCCGCUGUAUUGCCAUUGCUUCGCCUUUGCACUCCUCUGUUACCUUAACAAAACGUCAUUCGGGCACUGCGAACCUCAUAGUUUGGCUCGCCAUGAUUGUCAUUAAUAUUCCUGCCGCCAUUUUCUACACGGAGCAAAGGAAGAACUAUUGCCACUUUGUGUAUCGCUUUGAAUACCAAAAGUAUAUUUUCAACACAAUCACUAUUGGGAUUGACUUUCUGCUGCCGAUGAUGUUGUUUUGCGGAGGAACUAUGUUUAUCAUCCGUACUCUCUGCAAACGGAACAAAGCCAUUUGCAAAAUUAAUGGAACGCAACGGGGAGCAACUGAAACCGAACACUCCCGCCGCAACACCAGAAAACUGAUGGUCUUAGUGGUGUCCGUCGCCGUGGUUUACUUUCUCUCGUGGCUGCCUUUCCAACUUAUAGCUCUUGUCAACACCAUUCAAACCCACGGGACAAUAGAUGAUUGUUCCUCAUACGUUAUCUCUACUGUCGCCCAGCUUCUUGCCUUUGCCAACUCUUGCUUUAAUCCUAUAAUAUAUAACUUUGCCUCAGCAGGCUUCAGGCGGGCCUUCGUUAAAGCUUUGAAAUGUUGCCCCAUACUCCGCCUUAGACGUACGUCAACAGGGGAAACGCGCAGCACGAAUCUAGGUAUGGGGGAUAUCCCAAUGGGUGACAGACAAUCAAGGAAGCGUUUGAUAACCAGCUAAGUGUGUUUAAAAGACUGGUCGAUGCAGGUCUGAAUUUGUCCUUUGUAC